AUGUGGCACACUUUCGUAGCAAAUCGCGUGGCGGAAAUUCAAGAAUUAACUAACAUCUCAGACUGGCGACAUGUUAGCGGCGAAGAAAACCCGGCUGAUCUAGUAAGUCGCGGUCUUCAACCUAGCGAACUUAUUAACAAUGAAUUUUGGUUUAAAGGUCCGACGUGGCUCAUGUCAGAUUUCGAGCUAACUCUAUCGGAAUAUCCCGAUUUUAGCAAUAUUAACGAAAUGCCGGAAAAACGCAAAAAUAUUAUAGUCGCGGCAGAAACAAUCAUAACACCUUUACCCGUAAUGGCAAAAAUAUCUUCGUUGCGGAAACUUAAUCGUGUAAUAGCGUAUUGCCUACGUUGGGUCGAUAAUUAUAGAAAAUCAAAGCGACAAGCGCUAAUUCUAACCGGUCCGUUGAAAAUCUCCGAAUUACAAAAGGCAAAUUUCACAAUCAUUCGGUGGGUACAAAACCAGACAUUUGCGACAGAGUUAAAUAGUCUCAAAAAAGGAAAACCAAUAAGCAGUAAAAGUUCCAUCUUAACUUUGAAUCCAUUUUUAUCAAAGGACAAUUUACUCAGGGUCGGCGGACGUUUAAGGAACGCUAAAUUUAAUUUUUCCACAAAGCAUCCAAUCUUAAUGCCCAGUAAUCAUACCGUGACCAAACUAAUCAUAGAACAAUACCACACCGAAAAUUUACACACUGGGGCCGAAGGUACUCUGGCCGCAAUAAGGCAAAAAUUUUGGAUUAUCUCACCGCGCAGUGUUAUCAGGCAAGUGAUACACAGGUGUGUCGCUUGUUUUCGAAAUAAACCGCGGAAAACUAUUCAAAUGAUGAGGGAUUUACCUGCUCAGAGGCUCACACCAAAUCGUCCUUUCUUUGUUUCCGGCGUUGAUUACAUAGGUCCGAUUUUAAUUAAGGAGUCAACCGGUCGAGGAAAAAGAAAUAUAAAGGCAUACAUCGCAAUUUUUGUCUGUUUUGCGACUAAGGCCGUGCAGUUGGAGCUAGUCGGUAAUCUUACAACUGAGUCCUUUUUAGGGGCUGUGCAGAGAUUAGUGUCAAGAAGAGGUCAAAUUCGUCACCUAUAUUCGGACAAUGGUUCUAAUUUUGUUGGUGCGGCAAAUCACGAAGCGCAAAAGCUUAAGGUAUUUUUAAAAUCUUCAGAUUUUCAAUCAAAGGUAAUAGGAAAACUAGCAGAGAGGAAUAUGGAUUUUCAUUUUAUUCCAGCACGAUCACCGCAUAUGGGUGGGUUAUGGGAGAUUAACGUCAAAUCGGUCGAAACUCUGAUGAAAAGAACAAUUGGGCUUGCACUUUUGACUUAUGAAGAGUUGUAUACGCUUUUGACGCGAAUUGAAGCGAUUUUGAACUCGCGCCCUCUCACCCCCCUCAGUAAUGAUCCUAAUGAUCUCGAGCCUUUAAUUCCCGGACACUUCCUUGCAGGGGAAUCUCUGACUGCGGUAUUCGAAGACGACAUCACCGAAGUCAGCACAAAUCGACUAUCCAGAUGGCAACGUGUAGAACAACUACGCCAAAAUUUUUGGCGGAGAUGGAACCGCGAGUACAUUCUUGGACUGCAGGGGAGGUCGAAGUGGACACGACCGUGUAACACACCAACAGUUGGCUCGCUAGUGCUAAUCGUCGAAGACGACGUCCAUCCAUUACAGUGGAACUUAGCGCGCAUUACCGAAUUGCAUUACGGUAAAGAGGGCUUACCGCGAGUGGCUUCACUAAAGACUAAAAGUGGUGUAACGAAGCGUUCAUUUCAUAAACUAUGUCGCUUGCCGAUCAGUACAGAGGACACUAAAAUAGUACUGACGGAUUACGAGUAA